UUGGGGUUGUGUUUGCAGUGUCUUAGGUUGCGUCGUGAGAAGAUCGAUUUCGGUGUCGUGGACAACGCGGAUCGGAGGGUGAUCGAGGGUUUGUAUUCAUAUCAUCAUCUCGUGAUGCGGGACGACGUGGACCGGGUGCUGGACACGGAACAGUGGCGGCUGGAGGCGCAGGCGAUAAUUAAUGACGUGAAGGAACAUGUGCAGGAUCUGAGGGUGUCCGAGCGACUAACUAGCACGAAUCAGAUCAUCUACUUGAACCUAAUCACGCUGGAGGGCCUGCGGUUUUGCGUGGAGCUGUCGGCCGCCGGUUUCGCCAUCGUCGGCAAUCAGCACGAUGAUACGUCGAACACGGGGCACGAGCGUUUCGAGACACCAUACGGCCUGUUGAAUUUCGUCAGUCCGCAAUACAGGAGCUCCUUUGGAAACGCGCUGCUGGAUAAACUGAAGGAACUGAGCGACAAACAAUAGAUUUCGUGCGAGAUGCGGAAGAAGCAGCAGCAGAAAUGUUCCUCGCCGACGCGGCUUAGAUUAAGAUUUAGGUUAAGCAUAGUUAAUUAAAUCUCUUAUGAAUAAUUAUAAGUCUGUUAUAUCAUAGUAUCUUGCAAGUUAAAAUAAGAUGACUAUAAUUUGCUUGAUAGUUGAUACGUUAUUUCGAUAAUUAAUCACUAUCAAAUACGAAUCAAUUCUAAGAAACAUCCUAGAUACGUUAUGUUGACAUGUUUAAAAAACAGGUUGAUGAAAUAGUGUCUAUAAUCAAGAUCUGUUACUGUUAUAUAAAGCCUGUUCUUUAUCACUGCAUUGUAUCAUGUUAAAAUUUUUUUCUCUCUUUCGAGCUUCAAAUACAUAUCUAUUUCAUUUUAAAUGUAUAUUACUUCAGUUAUAAAGAACGGACAUAUAUUCUUAUUCCAAAUAAAUCAUGUGAGCACAACUUGCUUUGUUAAGAAACAAACAUUAUGAUGGAAGGUAGUCAUCUUUUGAAAAAUUGUCAAUUGCUGAUUUGUUUUUCUCCUUUGUACUUCUAGUCAUAAAUUGUAAAAUAGAGAGUUAUAACAGCGAUAAUCGAUCUUAUCCUAUUCGUUUAAAUUAUUUUAUUUCAUGAAACGAGAGAAAGAAAAAUAAAAAUUGAGAUUUUCAAUGUACAGAAUUGAUUCCAAUCGACUAGAAAUUUUGAUUCGUGCCAGCUUUUUCCAUUCAUUAUCCAAGUAUCUAGACUUGAAUUUUUAAAACAAUUCCUGAAUUACAAUUCUUGGAUAACACUAUUUCCUUGAUUUCUUAUAAGUAUUAACUUUUUUAACGUUACAAAGUAAAUUAUUUAGCUUCGCCUAUAUAUUUAUAUUAAAACUAUUUUACUAAACACUAUUUCUCUAAACAUUCUUAAUAAUGCGUUUGCUAUAUUUUCGCGCUUUUAUCCUACUUUGUAAAUUCAUGAAAAUCUGGAAAGUUGUGCUUUCGCAGAUGAUUUUUUCAAAGCUGAUUCAUAAAUUCUUGGAAAAUAUGGACAGCUCUUAUCAUCUUAAGCCUUAUCAUCUUAUCAUGUUAAGUGAUUUCCUAGUAUUUUUGACUUAAUGGCCUUACAUGCACGUAUCACGUAGUGACGCAUACGUUUUAUCAUAUUCUGCGUUUUAACGCAACUGCGACGAGACGGCUUUGUUAAUUCUCCCGUGGGCGACGAGGAAAUGAAUAACGUAAUCUUAUCAAAAAUGAAGUAGAACGAUUGCGAAAUAAUAUGACCGGAACAUGUGAAAAAUAUCAUCCGUGACAGUGAAAAAGAAAUGUUAAAAUUUCGAAUUCGAAUGGCCGUAUGAUUUCGCUUUUAUUCCAAACAGACUCUCGAGCCAGUUUACCAUUUGCAUUUACAAGGCAUUUUUGUAAUUCAAAUUUUGUUGAUUGAAACUCAUUUGCGUAGCGAUUUAUUUAUACAUAGCUUGUAGAAUCGAAGUAGUUAUUUGAAGCGAUUUUCAGAGCUUUAAGAGCAUCGCACUAAUAUUUAAGACCAAGAACGAAAAGAUAAGUCAAAUAUAAAAACUGAAUUCGCGCAAAA